UGAGCAGGAAUCGAACUCGGGUGACAGGCUUUGUAGUGUAGCGCGCUAACCGCUACAAUACCGCUCCCCACUGAGACACACACACGUCUGUCUGAUCACAAUACAACCGGCGCGAGUCCACGUGUGAGCCAAUUAAUAACGAGUGGGGAGGCAGUGGAGACAGCGAGAGAGAGAGUAAUAAGCUGCGCGUUAAUAUUUAAUGACCUUUAUCCGGAAGGCAGGGGCUGUUUUGCCUGCAGGUUAUGUAGCAAAUAACUGAUGAGUGUGCCUUUGUUUGCCUUAGCGAUUCAAAGUCAAAGCUACGUCCUGUUCCCUUGAGCCACAUUGAGACAUUGGUGCUCAUCUCCCGUUUACAGCCCUGCAGAGCCGGGGGCGAGUUUAUAAGAUCGAUCACGGUUGAUCUUUUCCACAAAGUGGUACCCAUUUUAUCGACUCCCGAGGGAGAGAUGAUGGGUUGAGGCAACCCACUCCGUCCAAUAUUUAUACUGAAACGUAUUUGUAUUUAUUUAUAUAGCAAUAAUACAGAAAGGCGUUUGAUCGACGUUGUGGGACAUCUUUGCUGAGCAGCGGAGCUUCGUGGAGACGGGGAGCAUAGGCGGUGGAGCAAAGUACAAUACAAUAACAGGUUUUAUCUGCACCGCCCUUUGCUGACAAAGCAGUGCAUUGUGGUCGCCCUGCCAGGCGCUAUACAGGCCCCACCUGCUUAGCUUAUGAGCGCAUUGCGUGUGAUUUGGCCAUGAAAUAAUAACAAUAAAUACUAACAAUGAUGUCACCUUGAAACGCGCCGCUCCGCACAGGAGUCGCUCAUCGCUCUUGUAGAGAGAGAGGACGACUCGGAGGCGCCAGGAGGAGGGACCACAGAUGAGGAGCGGCAAGGCAGAAGCAGCAGCAGUGGCAACGCGGUGAGGAGCCGGCGCCAAGUUCCCCCAAAGCUCUGCGGUCCUCUAUAUAUCAAGGCGUUAUGUUUACACCUGGAGAAACCCCACACAUGCGAGGGUGCAACACUCUAUCCCAUACAGAUGUAACAGAUGGAGAUUAGUCCACAUUUGCUGAUGGCACCUCCUCCACGCUCACGGCAAGGGGUGUUUUCGCAGCGUUUCUGUGAUCCGCCAAUCCUUGAUGCUGCCUCCACAGUGACAGGCCGCGUGCAUAACCAUCGCCGUGCGUGCAGCUGAGGUCACCAGCUGCUCGAUGCAUGACGAGACACACAUAGCCGACGGGACAGGUGAUUUGAUGCAUAUGUGUACAGUACUGCACUGUUUACAGAUCCAGUGACGAUAGACCCUGGGACUGGUCGAUAUAGAGGUGUACAGUAUACAUCGGUGGGUAUAUACAGGAUCAUAAGCUGCCAUGGUCCAUCCACUCUUGGAUGAAGGCCUCCCAAACCGUCUCCACCCCUCCCACGGUCCGCAUCCUAUAACUGUGGAACUCAUCAGACCAGCUGUUGUGCAAUUGACGACGAAAUGUUUACAUGGAUAUAAAUAGCACAGAAGACAAAUGCUCCCGAAUAGGCAUGACAUACCGUUGAGGCUAGUGCUGUUAGCAAGCGCCUAUGAAUGCCAGCACAGUACAUGAGGUGCGCAUCUAUAAAACACGCACACUUACGUUCGUGUAAGUGUCUCUAUGCGUGUAGGUGAGCGUGCGCGACUCCCGUGCCAGGCUAGGUGCACGUUUAAAUCAGCGCCCAGCCAGUUGGUCGCUGCUCGCUCCGUGCCCUUGGUGCCGCCGCGCCCGUGAGGUUAUAAACGGCGCCAGAAAGCGGACACCGCGACUAUUUUGGGCCGUGGGGCCCACGGGGGCCACACCGAAGCCAUCUUCCGUCCGACGCUGAGACAAACAGACGGUCCUGCGGCCUCAACAAAGACCCCCAGAGCCGAAGGGGACCGCACACGGAGCUCACCGCAAGGGCUACGCAGAGAGAAGGGACAGCCCCCUUUGCUCGUGCACGGGAUUUGUGUGAAGAGGUGCAAGGAGGUGAGAGCACUGCGUCUGAUUAAGUCGAGGAGCAAUCUUUCUGAUGGGAGACCCCGGCGAAGACACCCAUGGAGCCGUGCCUGCCGAGGAAUCCCCCGAGCUGUGCGCUCCCUCCCCAGCUUCUGCCUCCUCCUCGAAGCCUCCUGUGGCUCUGGGCACGUGGGUCGUGCUCGGCUCUCUGCUAGUUCUGUGGCUCGCAGCUUCCGUGGUGGCUCUGGGAUGGGUCAACUCGCAGUCCGUCGGGCACGUCGCGGACGUGGACGAAGAAGCGGGGCUGGGCUACUCUUUCCUCACCUUCUUCUUUGAUGCCUUUGAACCCGAGUCGGUAAAGCCAGAGGAACCCGCAGUCAAGUCCGCCGGUGACGAAGCCAAAAAAGCCAAAAAGAAGCGAGCAGAGAAGGUGGUGGAGGCAGAAAAACCCAGCAAGAAGAAACCUCUCAAAGAGGUGAAGGAAGUCGACGAGAAGCUGUUGAAGAAGAGCAAGAGGGAAGACAAAGAGGAGAAGGUAGCCCACAAGCCCGACAAGGGCCGGGACGCGGGAAGAGAGGGGCAGGGAGGCGGCUCAGUGGGCGGCGUGAAGUCGGGGAGGAAGAAGGAGGAGGGGGAGAAGGAGGAGGAGAAGGGGGAGAAGGGGAAGAAGGAGGAGAAGGGGGAGAAGGGGAAGAAGAAGGAGGAGGAGGAGAAGGGGAGUAGCGGUGGCGGCGCGGGCAAGAGAGAGGGCGGCGCUCGGGACGAGGGAGCGGAGAAGAGGCGGGACAAGGGCAGCGGCGCGGGCAGCCAGAAAGGGGGCAAGCGGGAGCAGAAGGGCAGUGCGACAGACGACAAGGCGGCGAAGCGAGGAGUAAAGGUUAGCGGCCAUGCUGAUGAGAAGGCCGGGGCGAAGCCGGCCAAGAAGGGCGGCAACAACGGAGAUGGAGGAAAGGGAAAACAUCCCAAGGACAAAAAUGACAGCGACAAGGAGAACAAGUGCCACGGGAAAAAGUCCAAAUGAGCGGUGGAGCGGAGUGUGGAUCAGCGGUGGCUGACAUCUGAGGUUUGCACUGUGGGUGAUGAUGUGUGGCCCAAGUGGAGGGCGCUCUCCCAACACACACACUCACCUCUCAUCUGAA